UGCACAAGAGCAUUGAUUGGAGUAUAACGCCUUGGAGGCUCGGCAGCGAUGAAACCCGGAGACGGAAAGGGAAGCGAGAGGGCCAAGCCAAAGUUCAGGCCGAAGGCGCAGGCGAGGAAAAAGCCGGCACCCCCUCCACCCCCAGUUACCGAUUACCGCGGAGCAGCGGCCAACUACCGUUCCGGCGGAGGUGCGGGGGCAGGGGAACAUGGCGGCGAGAGGGGGGGGAGGGGCAGGGGACGCGGCGGUUUUGUCCCCGUUGGGCAGGACUUCUUUGUCGGGGGCGGAGGCAGCGGUCCCGCUGCCUACAUGCCGGCCGGGGUUACCCCUGGCGGCGACGGGGGCGGCGGAGGAAGGAGGGGCGGAGGAGACACAUCCGAGUCAGAAGACGAGCAGGACAGGAAGCGGUCGUCGCAUUCCCGUAAAUCUGGCCCCGGCGGUAGAGCUGUCAAGGAAGAUGCCGAGGGUGGCGGUAGUAGCUCGGCGGCUGGCCUGAAAGGGCCAGCGUCAGGAGGCUCUGGCGGGGCGGGUGAAGAAGAAGAUGACGAUGAGAAUAUGUUCGGUGUCGGCGAAUCGGUGUCCAAGGGGGGCGGGGGCAAGGAGGGGGAUGUGUUGACUCUGAUUGGCUCGGACGUCGGGCGGCGGUCGAGGUCUUCCAAGCUCCCGGGCAUGAGAGUGACCGGAAACGUCAUGUCCGAAGACGAUUCUAUGCGACCGGUGGCUCUUCCAGUCACAGCGACCGCGCAAACGCCGGGCUCGCGUUUAUUCGCCCAGGCCAACAACCAAGCCGAGCUAACAGAGGAGGAAGACAGCAGCCUCUUCUUCGUGCAGUUGCCGACCAAGCUUCCCAGGCCGCUGGCGGCGUUCCAGAGAGGGAAGGACGGCGCUUCCGCGCCCGUGCGGGGCAAGGGGAAGGGGAAGGCGACGGGAGGCCCCGCGGUGAAAGAGGAAGCGGGGGAAUCGGGUGCAGGGGGAGCAGCUGCCGGGGCUACCGGUGGCAAGGGAAAGGGUGCUGCGGCAGAGAAGGCUUCCGAGAUACCGGCGGACGACGUGGCAUUCGAUCAGGGGCUCCGGCGAAUGCGCCCUGGCAAGAUUGGCAAGCUUUACGUGCACCAGUCCGGCAAGGCUAGGCUAGUGAUUGGAGGCGUGAGCCUAGUGGUGCACCCAGGAUUGCCGGUGUCGUUCGUGGAACAGGGCGUUAGCAUCGACGCCAAGCAAAAGACGUUCUGCUCCUUCGGACAGGUGACGAAACGAGCUGUCUGUACCCCGGACUUCGAGCAGCUUUAUCGCCGCGCGGACGAAAUCAGCGGCGGCGGCGGCGGCGGCGAGGAUGGGUUUGAGGGCGGGGCGGGGGCGGGCGGCGACGUAGGGGGGCCAAGUGAAGAUGGAGAUGACAUGAAUUGAGUGGGUGGUUCGGCGAAGUGCUGCGGCUCGGCGUAUUCGUUAGCUGGACCGUGAUCGCAAUAGAGGUUUGUCGCACCUCCGUUGCUGUGUUAAGAGUGAAGAGUGGUACCUGUGCUCGUGCAUCGGCACGCUACAGCAGUACUCAGCAUUCCUUAACCUCGCAGCGAUGUUGUUUUCGGACGAGCCCAUUGACACCCAUGGACCGAGGUUCAAAGCUCGAUUAGUUCACGACGAAGAGGAUGCCAACAUUUCGGAAAGCUGUUGGCGACACGGUUUUGUCGCUGCCAGUUUCAGCAGUCACUGUAUCUCGUGCGGAAUAUUCUAUAGCUUUGAAAACCGGUCACGUGUGUGGAUUCUUCUGCUAUUUUCGGUAUCUGUAGCUUGCUCGGCACUGUCGAUGUAUAUGUCUGUUGGGAACUUUGGACGGUGGGUAAAUUGGCAGGAUGCGCUGAGGUUGCAAACAAAUUGGUGCGCAGCUACAAAGGCUUUCUUCAUUGUCAUCAGUUGCUGUAGGUGCAGGGACGCGACAGCUCUCUCUGAUCGGUGUUUGCUGCUUGCGCAAGAAAGUGGAGGGAACAUCAAUGUGCUCCUGCCUUCAGUGUUUGUAAUGAGGCCUACAGUCGUAUCUUUCGGCCACUGUUUUUGGACAGCGUCUUGUGGGGAAAUCGUUCGAAGGUGUAGAUGUCCUGGGCAGACCGGCUCCGGCGAUCUGUAACAGCCCCCAAUGUUUUUCAACCACCUGCAU